AUGAAGCUUUCUCUUGUCCUCAGCGCACUCGCAUAUAUCGUGGUUCUUGCCACAGCGCUCCCUAUGCAAGCAGCCAUCGCGAAACGUGCCUGUAAACGCGCAGACCUUCUACCAAACGUGGAGAAACGCGAGGAUUUUGACCCCGAACCCUACCAAAAUGAUUACAACGAAAGCACGUACGGGCCCUGUGGCUAG